AUGCCUUUGAGGGCUCUCCGACCAAACCGCAGCGAACGGGACCUCCAGCGCCGCAGCACCCUCGACCCCGGCAGCGUGCUCAAUCGUGGCGACAAGGCCCGCAGUGCCAAUGCCUCCCGCGAGUUUCUGGAACCUGACCGCGCAGCCGUCUCACACGAUGGUGGACGCCCGCCCGGCGCAGAGCUGGGGAGGGCCUCGUGGUCUGGAGACACCCAGGAGCCGCCGCCAUCACCCCCGAUUCAGGACCACACCCCCAACACGAAGCGGUUCAGCAUCAUGAGGUUCCGCCAUGCCUCAGACUCGCAGCUGUCGGUCAAGGCCAAGGAGCACGCUGCGGCAUCGGCCCCGCCAGUGCCUGCUAUUCCCCAGGCACCGGCCAUCAUCAUGACUGCCCCAACCGUAGACCUGCAGGGCCAGAUCCCCAAAAACAAGCCCACUGGCCGCUUACAGCAAUUCGCGCGUCGUCGUAUGUCGUUUGAUCCCGAUUCCGCCGAACGCCCCAACACCAUUCGCAAAUCCAUGGACAAGAAGCGCAGGCCGUUUGGGAAUAUGAGGGCACCGUCCCCAAUGGGCGAGGACCCACAGAGGUUAUCGACAAGCCACCGGCCAAAUGCGCUUCCUGAAUCGAGCCACCACGAAGGAAACUCGACACUGUCCCUUCCAGUUCCGAGAAUGUCGGAUUCCUCUCGGUCAGAUGGCAGCUCUGGCGACCACGUCCACUUCGCGAGUCCGCCUAAACCGAAAUUAACUUCAAAUGCCAGCACCGGGCGGUUCAAGUUCGGUCGGCGGAACAAGCAGCGCGCAUCACUAUUCCCUCUACCUAUGAAAAUCGACCCUCCUAAAUCCCCAAACGCAGCUCCUGCCACUCCACGCGCAUCCACAAGUGCUAUCAGCUCUAGCUCUGCCAACCACUCUCCUGGCGGAUACAGCCCUCCCCUGACAGCAAUCCAUCGCACGGACACACAAGACCAGGAAAAUGAUCGAACAAGUUCCAUGCCCUCUCCCACACACGUUGCAUUAGCCGCAUCAUCUAUGAACAUUGCGGCGCCAGGAUCUUCCAAGUUGCUGAGAAACGACUCAUUGAAAUCCAUUCAUUCAGCUCGGUCGUCUCCAAACACAGGAGCCCCAAUGCGGUUGGGCUUACGCGGACGGUCCUCGACUAUGGGAUCUAUGGGCGGCCGAUCGGACGACGCACCCCCACCAACUCCGCCAUUCGUGUCAGGCAGUGGCAGGAAUUCCACGUCAACUGUUGGUAGAAGCAGUCUUAGUAACCUCUUCGGACUAGGACAACGCUUUCGUCAAAACUCAGAACCUCAUUCCCCCCGAUAUGGGACUCCCGCGCUUAGUCAUGGCACGCCUGGCCUAUCCUCCCACAACAACUCGUUGAACAUUAGCAGAGAGGCCCUGAUAAUUCCAAAACGAGAAGAGGGGGAGGCCCCCGGCCGCUACCUUGAAAGAUUGGAGGAAGUCAUGGACCGUAGCGUGAUUGCCAGCGUACUCUCUAAGACUAGCGACGCUUUUAUGUUGGCGGUUCUCCGGAGUUAUAUGCGCAAGUUCCACUUUUUCGGAGACCCAAUUGACAUGGCCAUUAGGAAGCUCCUGAUGGAGGUCGAGUUGCCGAAAGAAACACAGCAGAUAGACAGAGUCCUGCAGGGCUUCGCCGACCGCUAUCACGAGUGCAAUCCGGGCAUCUAUAUAAAUCCAGACAAAGCUUAUUUCAUAUCAUUCUCCAUUGUGAUUCUCCACACGGACGUCUUCAACAAGAACAACAAGCGGAAAAUGCAGAGACAGGAUUACAUCAAGAACUCUUCUUGCGAAGGCGUUGCCGACGACGUACUUGGAUGCAUAUACGACAACAUCGUCUACACACCUUUCAUUCAUUUCGAAGACGACAUUGACAUCAAGGGGACAGCCGCAUUCCGCAGCAAGAAGACCUCAGUUUUCAAGGCCCCAAUGAGCGAUCCUGCACGAAAGGCAACGAGGGAACCCAUUGACCCGUACACUCUGAUCUUUGAGAACAAACUCGAUGCAUUACGACCCAACAUCAAGGACGUCAUGAAUCUAGAUGACCCAUACAGCUACUUGGGAACCGCCCAAUCCUUGGAUGCAAGGACACUGUACAGCACGCACUCCAAAUACGGCGUGAUCCAGAUUGUUUCAUCUCGAUCUAGACCUGAGGCCUUCAUGUCGGCCGCCACUCAAGAGAACCCCAACGAGACUCAAGUCGGAAUUGUGGAGAUGCCUGUCACUAAGGUUGGUACGAUAUGGAGAAAAGAUACCAAACGAAAAGCAGCGCGGUCUCCGUGGCAAGAAUGGGGUGCAAUCUUAACGCAGUCUGGACUUUCCUUCUUCAAAAAUCACGGCUGGGUCAAAACACUCACUCAUCAGCAUGAACAACACCAAAAGCUCGGCAACACGGGCCCAGUGAUUUUUACGCCUCCCGUUCACGACUUCAAACCAGAUCACGUUAUACCCAUGGAUGGGACUGUAGCUCUGGUAGAUACGACUUACCGAAAACACAAACACUCUUUUGUCAUUUACUCCAAGGGAGGCACAGAAGAGACGUUCCUCGCAGACAACGAGACAGACCUGAACGACUGGUUAGGCAAGCUGAAUUACUCAGCUGCGUUUGAGACAUUGAGCGUCCGGCCGAGAGGGCUCACGGAUGGACAGAGGAACCGUGGGUUCCGUAGGCUUGAGUCUUCACAAUCGACAAAGUCCAUCUCAACGCCAACUGGGGAGGUCACCAUUGAGAGUGGGAGGAUAGAUAAGAAUUUUGCAGAGCAGAUCAGUGCUGCCCGACGGGAACUGAUGAUAAUCAAGAUCAGCGAGUCAGAGGAAAGAUUAGCGGCUGCCAUUAGAGAGCUCGAGGGCCGACUGAGAGACGCUCGGCAUCUACAGAUAAUGGCUCCCAUACAGCCAAAGACAAGGGAGCUUGUCAUUAUCGCUGCGGGCCGAAUGGCAGCACGGCUCAAAUGGAUUCGGAUAGAGAUUUGGCGGAUGAAGUGCCAUCGAGACAUCCUUGCCUUAGAUCUUGAGGAAGAGAAGAACAUGGCAAAUGAAAGGCAAGCUAGAAUUGACCGUAUUACGGGCAAAUCUACACCACAAACUCAGCCAGAAAAGUCUUCAAAGGCGUCCAAAAUCGGCAGCUUAGCGCGGCUCAACUCCAAGGCUGGUUCUCUGCUCGGAGGAAAGGGGGCUCCACUUUCUCCCAGCCCAUCCGCUAGGCCAGGUACGAAAUCGUCUCGAGAGACGGACUUUGGAGAGGACAUCUUCAAGACACCACCAGAGCACUCCCGCCAGUCCAGCCCCAGCCACGUGCCGGGGCAAUACGAAUUGCCCCCUUUGUCUUUCAGCCCCGUAUCGUCGAAUCAUCGCGGGUCGCUGCCCAGUGCUGUAAGCACAUCUGGACAAUCGCCUACCGCUUUGCCACGCGAACACCGUCCGUCUGUGUCUACUCUUGGUGAUAGAGCCUCGGAGACGGCAUCUGAGACGCCAUCCCACUACACUACACCGCCACCAAUUGAAGACCGGAGCACCGAGCCUCAGAAUGGCCUGACUGUAGCUGUUGACGGAGCGCGCCCUGAUACAGCUUCCGAAUCCGAUGCGGAUCGUACUCCAGCUGCAAUGGGAGGCUCCCCAGAGUCACGGUCGAAGGUUCGGCGGAGUUUGCAUCGCACCCUGCGUGACUCGCACAGCGGAUCGAAUCAUCGCCGCGGCGGCAAAGGCAAGGGGUCAAACUCGACCAUUGUCAGCGACGAAGCUCCAGAAAGCGAGGGCUUGUCAAGAGCGAAGGGGAGCUUCACGGUGCAUGGCAAGAAAGCCUCAGUCAUCACAUUCGGCGCCGAUUGGCAGGAUAUACCGGCAGAAGAUCGACUCAAGGUUCGCAAGCAGGCACAAGAAGCUGUGCAAGAGUCCGGCGAGGAGAGCGCGAUGAGCGAGGCUGAGGCGGCGCCGUCAAUCAAAAGCAGCGACACUGCGCCUGUGCUCAGCGACGCUAAUAUUGAUAGAGACGAGGUUGAGGAUGUUACGCCAAGGCCAUCAACGAAUGAGAAGAGGGCAAAGCCGCCGAGGCACGUCUCGAGCCAGACUAUCACGCCACAUACGUCUAGCACUUCAGUCAAUGGGAAGAGUAAAGACGAGAAUGAUGACACGGAGUCCGAGGACGAAGUCGGUCCCGGGAACGAGCCGCGUUUGAAAAAAGACGGUCUACUGAAGCACAAACACUCGCUUAGUGAAGAGGAAGACUCCGGGCCUGAACAUGUCACGAUCAAUGGACUGAAAACUCAAGCGGUGGAAGCUUGA